AUGAUUUCUACUCAUGAAAUAUUUGCAAUGAAAACUAUUGAAAAAAAACAAAUUAUUGAAUAUGAAGAAAUUGAACAUACUAUGUCUGAAAGACGUAUCCUCUCUAAAUUACAUCAUCCUUUCUUAGUAAAUUUAUAUUAUUCAUUCCAAACACCAACUCAUUUAUUUUAUAUUAUUGAUUAUUGUCCUGGAGGUGAAUUUUAUUAUUAUUUACAAAAGAAUGGAAAAGUAAGUGAAGAAGAUGCUAAAUUUUAUGCAGCUCAAAUUUUACUUGCAAUAGAACAUCUUCAUUCAUCAAAUAUUGUUUAUCGUGAUAUUAAACCAGAAAAUAUUUUAAUUGGUGCUGAUGGUUAUCUUCGUUUAACUGAUUUUGGACUUUCUAAAGAAAAUGUUACAAAAGAAAAUACUACAAGUACUUUUUGUGGUACACCAGAAUAUCUCGCCCCAGAAGUUGUUGUUGGUAAAGAUUAUUCAGAACCUGUGGAUUGGUGGGGAUUUGGUAUUUUAAUUUAUGAAAUGAUUCAUGGACAUGCUCCAUUUACUUCAGAAGAUAUUCAACAAUUAUUCCAAAAGAUUAUUCAUGACCCUGUCUCUUUUCCAAGUGCUUCUUAUCCAUCAGCAGAUUGUAAAGAAUGUAUUGUUAUGUUAUUAGAAAAAGAUCCAGAAAAACGUUUAACAGACCCAAAUCGUAUUAAGUCACAUUGUUGGUUUAAAGGAUUUGACUGGGAAGGAUUAUUCCAAAAGAAAUUAUCUCCUCCUUUUGUUCCUGUUUUAAAAGAUAAAACUGAUACUUCUAAUUUUAAUGAAGAUAUUAUUAAUGAAACAGCUAAAAUUGAUGAAGGAGAAGUUGUUGAUUCUAAAGAUUAUUUCAACGAUUUUACUUAUUGCAAAUAA